AUGCAGUUCCACCUGAAUAUCCUAGCGAAUUUCAUAUUAGCAGAGUACUUUGACGAUUCAAGAUGUGUUUUAAUAUUUUCAGAUAACAACAGGUUCGACUUUGAUGGUGUGCUGGGAGCUAUACAGAUAACUGUAAACAAUGCAACUUUCGACCCUGACGUGAUUUUCCACAAGUACUUCGGAUGCCAGGGAAUGUUGGUUAACGUCGACAAUCCUGCAACGAUGCUGAACGAAAUUGAAUAUCAAAUUCAGCAUCAUCAGGAUCGGUUCAACAAACGACGUUACCUCUUCAUUCCAACCGAAACGCAAGAGGAGGAUAUGUUUGAUAUCUUCAAUCUUACGGCUAUCGAGUUCAUAGCUGAUAUGCUUAUUAUCAAAGAAAAACCAAACUUUGUGGGCGAUAUAGAUAAGUGGGGUUUCGAUGAAGAUUUUGUUUUGCAGUUGUACACGCAUCGGUUUGUUGGUUACGAGGACACGAACGAAAGAGUAUUGAUCGAUGAAUGGUAUUCGCGUAAUCAGAGUUUCCUCCAAGGUAAUUACCUGUAUCCGGAGAAAAUUUACAACGGAUACGGGAGGAAAUUCAGGAUCGCUACGUUCCACUACAAACCGUACGCGAUUCCAGAAACUAAAGAGGGUACGGAAUUGCGUUUAGCCGUUGAGUACUCUUUGAAGCAUAAUUUGACUUCUGAGCUGGUGAUUGACGACGUUGGGGAAUGGGGCGAAAUCUACGAUAAUUGGACCGGGUACGGUACCUUGGGGAACGUUCUCAUGGAUAAAGCUGAAGUUGGAUUAGCUUCAAUAUGCACAUGGUACCAUGAAUACCAUUUCUUGGACUUGUCAAAGCCUUUGGUGCGCACCGGAGUUACCUGUCUAACCCCGGCUCCAACUUUGGCAGGUGGAUGGUUGGUACCAUUAUUUCCGUUUACUUACGAUAUGUGGAUCGCAGUCAUCUUUUCGUUCAUGGCCUGUUCCGUUGUCCUCUUCCUAUUAGAAUACUACAAAGCCAGAGGAAAUGUCUUUGCCGAGUUUAGAGCCAAAAAGAUGCACAGAUACAGGACAGGAAGCGACAUUAUCCAAGAAUCGUUCCUUCUGAAUACAGCUGUUUACUUGUUGCAACCAAUUCGAGAACGCGAAAGGGUUAAAGGCGGUAACGGAAAAUACAUAUACGGAGCUAUGUUCAUUUUUAGUCUGCUCAUUGCUAGUGGUUACAGCAGCGGUUUGGCUAGCAGUUUAACAGUUCCAAGAUAUGUAGGAGCGAUUCGAACUGUUCAAGAUUUGGUGGAUAGCGGAAUUCAAUGGGGAGCAACCUCUAUUGUUUGGAUUUUGACAAUCAUUGGAGCACCUGAGUAUAAUGAUGUGAUGUUGGUUAAGCAAUUUGUUAUCGCUACUGCGGAGACUCUGAAGAAGCAAAACAACAAAAGAUUUGCCUUUGCCGUAGAACGAUUGCCGGGAGGUUAUUACGCAAUCGGCGAUUAUAUAACCGAAGAGGGCGUGAAGCAUCUCCGACUGAUGACGGAAGAUGUGUAUUGGGAUCACUGCGUUUCCUUGGCGAGGAAAAGCUCCAUCUGGUUGCCAAGUUACGAUGAGUAUACUCUGAGGUUGGCCCAGACCGGAAUUGCGCAAGUUUGGGAACAUAAGAUUGUUAUUACGCAUUUGAAUGCAAAAAUUCAGAAAACUGUUAAGCACUUUAGUCAGCACGAGGAGCAGAACACAGAACCGGUGAAAUUGACUUUAGGUCACGUUGAAGGAACUUUCGUGAUUUGGACUCUUGGAACUUUCACCUCUAUAGUUGUUUUUGUCGUUGAGCUUUGGGUCGAUAGAAUUGCAAAGAAAAAAUUGGUUACAGAAUUUCACAAUGAUUAA